AUGGAUUCAAAUUUGUGUAUCAUUCUAAAAAACAAAAUCAAGAAAUACAUUGAGUCAACGGACUAUCCUGUAAAACCUAAAUUACCGACUACUAAACCAAUACCGAUAGGUUACCAUGUGGAGAUAAAUGAGCAACUGGACGUUAGUUCAGAUGCAAGUGGUUCUGCCAGCGAACAUGAACACUCAGCUGCUGCCACUUCUCGUCCCCUGGAACAAGUGGAUAAUCAUCUAACGAAGAUCAAGCCUAAAACACAUAAACCGAAGAAUCCAAAACAACUGAACCAGAUCCAAAGGGUAGCCCAUCGCCAUUCUCCAAACACUAAAAUUUCGAUACAAUCUAUAACGAUUCUACUAGAAAAGAAAGAACGUUUAAGGACACUACUAAUCUUAACAAAUCUGGCAAAGAAGCCUUCAAUGUUGGUAUGCACUGAAACGUUUGUACAAUUUAACUACAAGAUCUAUAAAUUGGAUGGUUACAAUAGUUACUACAAUGAUAGUCGACUAAAUCAAAAUGAUGGAGUUAUGGUUUUUGUUGAUAGUAGCAUUGAACAUGAUAGCUGGAUUAUCGAAUGUGGCAGAAUCAAAUCUCAUGAAAUACCUAAAAGUAAAUUCUUACUUGCACUAAACAAUUUUUUAGAUAAAAAGAAAAAAGUAAAAAAUCACCUACUUAUAGGUGACUUUAACAUCAACCUACUAGAAUCAAAUAAAGUGAGCCAGGAGUUCCUCUGUAACUUUUUGGACAAGGGUUAUUUACCCGGUUUUAACGGUAUUACCAGACCUCCUGUUGGAAACUAUAGAUCUAAUGAUCAACUCAAACAUGAGUAUCUCACCUAUGCCAAAGUCUUAGACAAGUUUAUAAAAGAAGCGAAGAUAAAGCAUGACAAAAAUCUAAUUGGAAAUUGUGCAAAUAACCCGAGAAAGUUAUGGAGUUUUAUUAACAAUAAAAUAGGGAAAAAUAAGAAUGCCAAAGAUAGUAUAAGUCACAUAGAAAUCGAUAAGGGUAAGAUUUACGAUAAGGCAGAGAUAGCCAACUGCAUGAAUAAUUAUUUUUGUGAAAUUGGUCAUAACUUGAGUUCCAAAAUUGACAAAUCUUCAAACAAAUUCAUUUCAAUGCCGGAUAUGAACAGUAAUUCAAUAUUCCUAAGUCCUACAAAUUCUAUAGAAAUUGCUAACAUAAUAUACAAUAUGAAACUAAAAAACGGCGGUGUUGACAACAUCAACACCAAAACCCUAAAGUGCUUAUGUAACUUCAUUGCUAUACCGUUAUCACAUAUCAUUAACCUAUGUAUUGAAAAGGCAAUAUGGCCUAAUGCACUAAAAAAUGCAGAAAUUAUACCUGUUUACAAAGCAGGAGAAAAGCACAAUAUUUCUAACUACAGGCCCAUAUCUCUGCCGGCCCAUAUUUCCAACUUGGCUAAGAUAUUCGAAAAAAUAAUACACAGCAGAAUCAUUGACUUUAUCGAUAAGCAUAAACUAAUCUCUAAUCAGCAGUUUGGCUUCAGGAAAAACAUGGGUACGAAAAACGCUCUAAACUAUUUAACUAACAUUCUGUACAAUAAUCUAGACGAAAGCACGCCAACUAUUGUCACUUUCCUAGACCUGGCCAAGGCCUUUGACACUGUUGAUCAUGAUAUUCUGAUUAAGAAGCUUUUCCAGGUUGGAAUCAGAGGCCUGGCUACCGAUCUCCUUUGUGACUAUCUAAAUGAUAGACACCAAAGGGUUAGAGUUGAUGGCGUAAAAAGUAUCAGCAUGAGAAUAAAUAUCGGGGUUCCCCAGGGAACUAUUCUAGGCCCGCUACUAUUCUUGAUUUAUAUAAAUGAUAUGUUAAAAGAAGUUCCCUCCAAGGCUAUUUCUUCUUAUGCUGAUGAUACUGUUAUAAUAUCGACUGGGUCAUCAUGGAAUGAGGCCCAAGAAAAUAUGAACAACUACUUAAUUAAAAUUGAUACUUGGCUGGCGUGUAAUAGACUAUCACUAAAUAUUGGGAAAACUAUCUACAUGACUUUUGGCAAUUACUGUGAUAGUGUGCCCCUGCAUACAUGUAUUAAAAUUAGAGAUAAGCCACUAGCUAGGGAUUACCCCUGUAAUGUCAACUGA